CGUUUCUUCAAUCUGGAGAUAUGUUGAGUAUCAUGAAGCGCGUUUAUAUUGCGCGGGGUCGCGUUAAUUGCCAAGAGCCAGCCUAUAUACAGAGACCACAAGACGCCGAACCUCUCCCAAUGACUAGAAAUACGUCCAGAUGCCCCCAGGUCCUCUCAACAAGCAGUCUCCCCGCAACGACCACCCUCUCCUCCCAACCAGCUAGAAACACCUCACCAUGACUCGCCCCAGCCUCGGCACGUACCCGUGCCUAUGCCUCGCCCUCACCCUCGCCCUCACCCCCCUCGCGAACGCCGCCCCGGCAGCAGCCACGGGCUGUGACCGGGCGGCCCUCCUGGCAGCGGCGGAUAAAUACGUCGAAGCCCAAACGGCCGGCAGCCUCGACCCUCUCCAGGACAUCCUCUCCGCCAACUUUUCCUACGUCGAGAACAACGCCGCCACCGACGUCUCCUCCGGCGUCCUCAGCCACGCCCUAGCCAUCGACCACCGGCGCAGCACAGCCGACACGACCGACUGCGCGACCUACACGGAGCUGAUCAGCACCGGCGGCAAGGCUCCGGGAACGGGGGCGGGGGCGGCCAAGCCAUACGUGAUCGGCACGCAGCUCCGGCACGACCCGACCACGCUCUCCAUCGUGCUGAUCGACAGCGUCGCCUCGACCACGGGAUCAUGGUCCUUCGACGCGGCCAAGACGCUCUCGCACGUCCUAUCCGAGGACUGGCCCGCCAUCCCCGCCGACCGGCAAGACGACCGUGCGGUCCUGCGGCGCGCGGCGGACGCGUACCUGGACAUCUGGAGCAACGCCACGGCGGCGGACGCGGUGCCGUGGGGUACGCCGUGCGCGCGGCUCGAGGGGUCGGCGUACACGGGGCGCGGGAGGGCCGACGACUCGUGCAAGGCCGGGUUGCCGACGAAUCACAACCAGGCGCCCAAUACGCGCCGGCGCUAUGUGAUCGAUGAGGAGGCCGGUUCGUGCGACGUGCUGUGUGUGUGGGAGCAUAUGAUGAUGGCGGCGGACAGCCAUGAGUUCCGGCUCGAGGGUGGGAAGCUUCGAUAUGUACAUACUAUAACUGUCUGUCCUGGCCAGACUUGUCGACUGUAG